UUUGCUUGCCCUGUAUUUUCCUCAUUUUAGAUCCACAUGAACACGGUGUGGCUGUGAGCAGUAUUUAAACGUACACGUUGCCUAGUAAUUCUACUGCGACCAUUUUCAUAAAACAUGAAUCAUGAUCAAAUGCAUGAUUCUAAUGCAACAUCUUUAUUCCAAUUUCCAAAUUUCUAAUUAUUAGCACUGGAACUGAUUUUGUUGUAAGUUAGUCAGGUUGUGUGCGUUCUUAUAGCUUAUUUAGUCUCGAAUUGCUUCUUAUUGUUUCUAAAGGCUUCUUUGUAAUCUUAUAUAUAUUGGAAUAUACUCAGUCGAAGCUCACUGAGCUCAUUCAUUACAUUUCAUUCUCUAUCUCUCUCUUCUCUUUUCUCAUUUGGUAUCAGUGCCUUGAUUUUUUUCUCUCUCGAUCUUGUUCUUGCUUCCAUGGCAUCUUCUUCGAGCAAUGCUCCUAGGGUUACUUCCUCCUCUUCUUCUGGUGUUACUCAGGCCACUGCUGCGACGGUGAUUCCAACGCAUCUUGUUCCUCUGACGCUUCGUCUGGAUCGAAACAACUUCUUCUACUGGAGAUCUCAGGUUUUGUCAACUAUGUGUGCGCGUUAGUUGGAAGGAUUUUUGGACGAUACUCGAGCUCAACCUCAGCCAACAAUGGCGGAUCCAGAUGUCGCUGAUAGGUCUAUUCCUAAUCGAGUUCACAAACUGGAUUUGCUUGGAUCAGUUCCUUAUGAGUUGGCUCUUCAAUUCGAUUUCUGAGAGUAUGCUAGGUCAUGUUGCUCGAUGUCUUUCGGCCAAUGAGAUGUGGAAUGUGUUGGCUCAGAUCUUCUCCAACAAAUCUAAGGAAGUCCAGUUCAUGCUACAAAGCCAGGAGAUGCAUCUUGAGCAACAACAUGCCAUUUCUGCUUUGGAUCUUCAAAAUCCUACAACUAACUAUGAUGCUGCCACUAAGAAGGAGUUCGCUACUUCAUCUUCUGGUCACUCUGCUCGUAAUCAGAGUUAUCAACGUGGUAGAGGUGGCAGGUUCUUUCACAAUCGGAACACUGGUAGUUGUCUGAUUUGUCAACUGUGUAACAAGCCUGGUCAUGUUGUGCUCAAAUGCUACAGGCAUUUUGAUGUGAGUUUUCAAGGAGAUAUCAGCUCUGCAGCUACUUUUGAGGUCACAUUUGCUGAUCCACAAGCUCUCUUUGCUACUGCUCACACUGUGAAUGAUCUUUAAUUGGUACAUGGAUAGUGGAGCUUCUCAUCAUGUGGUUUCUAACGCUCUGUUGCUCUGACUACGAAGUAUGAUUACAAAGGGAAAGGUAAAAUGGUUGUAGGUAAUGGCUCUUUUCUUCCGAUUACUACUAUUGGUUAUGUUCAUAUUCCUUCUGCAAAACCUCUUCACGUGCAUCGUGUGUUACAUGUGCCUAAUAUCCAAAAGAAUCUCAUUAGUAUUUCUCAAUUAAUUGCUGAUAAUGAUGUUAAUGUGGAAUUUACUUCUAACUCUUGUGUUGUUAAGGACAAGGAGACGAGGAGAAUACAGUUCGAGAGCUUCUAGUGUCUUUGCCUCUCAUGGCUCUUUCGGUUUCAAGUCUCCUUCUGUUUGUCUUAGUACAUCUUAUGCUGGUAAUAACACUGACUGUGUUGUGACCAGUCCUUCCUCAUGUAAUCCGUCCUCUCGACUGGCUGCCAUUUGGCACAAUCGACUUGGACAUCCAUCUAGUGUAAUACUUACCAAAGUUUUACAAUCUCUUAAUGUGAAUUGUUCUAAAUCAGAUUUGAAUUUCCGUGAUGCUUGUAAAUUUGGUAAAAAUAACUUGAUGCAUUUUGCUCUUUCUACUCUAAAAAACUACUAAACCACUUCAAUUGGUUCACUCGGGUGUUUGGGGGCCUUCUCAUCCUCUCCUGGAGGGUAUAGAUUUUACAUAUUGUUUGUAGAUGAUUUUACCAAGUAUGGUUGAAUUUAUCCUAUGACAGCCAAAUCUGAUGCCUUUUCUAUUUUUCACAACUUCAAAACACUUGUUGAAAAGCAAUU